AUGUCACCGGAAAACGAAUACAUCAAGAAAGACAUCACGGACCUCUGUGGCAAAACCCUGAGGCUGGCAGCCAACGGGGCGAAGUCUGCGGUCUUGCUAGAAGUCAACCGACUCGACCAUCCGCUGCGGUAUUGCCGGUGGACUGUGACUACCGCUGUGGCCAACCAGUCGGUCGUCGUCAGUUACAUCUCUCGAAGCCUUCGAACCAGCCUCUUUUCCGAGAUAUGCAUCGACUAUGUGCAGAUCAGCCGCGUGAAUCGCACCUCCCUUCGGGUCUGCGGCAACAUGAAGAACGUUGAGGUGCACAAGAACAGCGUUAACUUCACUCUCCACCUGAACCCUACGUGGUUGAUGGAAGUCGGCGUCACUCCCGUGUCACUCUACGCCACGGCGGGCUCUAUACCGAGUAAGCUGCCUCCCGUUGAUAUAUUAAAGUGAUAUAUUAAAGGCGUAGUUAUAUUAAAGGUGUAAGGCGCAGGGGUUAAAGCAGAGAAGAAAAAGAGAGGACGAAAAGAGCGCCAACUUUCAACUAAGUUUAUUCAGCGCAAGCAGCCACAAGCUAAAUGCAGCAGAACAUGCGCAAAGCCGGACAAAAGAAUGAUCAGAUAUGAGUGUGGCAGAGGCUGUCACAAUCAGACCGUGAGCAACAGGCAGUCAU